UUAGAAGUAUUUUUAAAAGAUAACCUCAGGAGUCCCUCCCAAACCCAGAAUGCACUGAAAUAUAGUAAACAAUUAACUAUUUCAAACAUUUUGUGAGAAAUAGAGAGAGCAGAAGCAGAGAGAGCGCUACUUUUCUGAUGGGUGUUGGAACUGUAGCAAAAGUUGCUCGUGAGACAUGCUUGGCACUGUGGGAGGAGUUACAUAGUGCUGUAAUGCCUGUAAUGCCUCCGGAUGCAUUCUGGAGUGCACACAACACUCAUUGUGCUUUUUUGCUGUGUGUUGAUGUGUUCCAGACCAGGGGUGGACUGACU